GCCAGAGGAAACAUGACUGAGAUGGACGCCCGCGGCCUUCUCCUGGUUCUGUUCUCCGUUUAUCUCUGUGGGGUCUCCAGUGAUCCUAUAGGUACGUCAGUCAUCGACUGCAGCAUUGGCAGCAAUCUAGCAGUGGGAGAGGUGGAUGAGGGAUAUACCGGAGAUGUGGAGCUCAUCAGUGGCAUCCCUGCAGGGACCAAUGUGACGCUGGCCCCCCAUAUCAUCCCUGAACACCUGGCCUUCCUGGAGCUGAGCUUCGUCCUCGGGGAGACCACGGCGAUGGUCAGGACCAGGACGGCGCUGGACGCUGACACGAUACAACAUGACGGUACUCUCUAUUACUCCAUCAAGUGUGAAGGCAAUGAUAAGUUCAGCCACAUGAGAACUCUAAAGAUCAACGACCUGAAUGACAACAGCCCCGUAUUUGCAGAGGACCAGUACAGCACAACGCUGUCUGAGGCAGCCGCAGUGAACAGCGAGGUUCUCACAGUGAUGGCCGAGGAUGCCGACACUACCCCAGACAACAACAGAAUCACAUACUCAAUCGUACCAGAUUCAGAGGAAUUCAUGGUGAACAGCGCGGGAGUCAUAACUCUGAAGAGACGCCUGAACUACAACUUGGUCCAGAGUUAUAAUAUCAUGGUGAUGGCCCAGGAUCCUGGAGGGUUGAGCGACACCGCCCCGGUCCUGAUCACCAUAGAAGACUUUGAUAACCUAAACCCUUAUUUCAACCACAACAUGUACCGAGCUCUGAUUCCAGAGAACGAGGUUGGGCCUUUUCAGACCUUUGAGCCUGAGGAGAUAAAAGCUCAGGAUGGAGACACGGGGAUCAACAUGACUUUAUCUUACACCAUCAGUGCAGUCUCUCCGGAGAAAUAUCGGACAAACUUCGGCAUCGACUCCAGCAGUGGCGUCGUGUCUGUGGUGAGGGCCUUCGACAGAGAGGAGAUGAGCAGCAGCCUGAUCUCUGUCAGCAUCAAGGCAGCCCAGACAGACGACAGUUUCAAGACGGCAGACACCGUGGUGUCUGUGACCAUCGAGGACGUGAAUGAUAACCCUCCAGAGUUUGACCAGCUUGAGUACAUGGUAUCAGUUCUGGAGAAUUCUCCUAAUGGUACAGUUGUGUUCAAGGCCACCGUCAGCGACCCUGAUGAGGGAGGAUUUGUGGGGACUUUACAGGUCCUUGGACCUUUUCCUGUUCCCUUCUCUGUUGAUGCCGAUGGGACAGUCAGAGUGUCGAACUCCACAGCGCUGGACAGAGAGGACUCCGAUGGCUUUGCCUUUAAGAUUGAAGCCCGGGAGUCAGAACCACCAAACCAUGUUGUUAUAGCCCAGGUCGAAGUGGAUUUUCUGGAUGAGAACGACAACAGUCCCAAAUUCAGCUCUGACACGUACGAAGGAAAGGUGUUUGCAAAUCAAACAGAGGGAAUGCUGCUGGUCCAGGUUAAUGCUGAAGACCCAGAUUUAGGCCUUAAUGGUCAGGUCAAAUACUCCAUUGAGUUUGGAAACAACGAGGGUUACUUCUCAAUCAAUGAGAACACCGGAGAGAUCACGCUGGCCAAAACCAUCCCCCUGAUGGACAACAUGAUUAUGACGUUCACUCUUUUCAUAAAAGCCAGAGAUGAGGGCGUUAUACCCCGCUCUGCCUCAGCACAGGUGAACAUUAAAGCUCCUGGUGACUCAAAACCUCAGUUUCUAGAGAGAGUUUACAGAGGCACCAUAGAAGAAGAGCAGGACGCAGGAGUUCUGAUAGUCAAGGUUAACUUCCUGUCAGUAGCUUCAGAGGUUCCUGUGACCCUCCGCGUUGAAACAGAAGCUGAAAAGUUCUCAAUCUCCGAUGAUGGUGAAUUAACCACCAGGAUGAAGCUGGACUACGAUGAGGGCCCUCACAACUACUCUGUGGAAAUCUCCAUCUCUGACGGCGUGAGCAGUGACAGAGCCAUGGUGGAGGUCCAGGUCACAGACAUCAACGAUAACAGUCCUGUUUUUAGCCCCGCCUCUAUCACAGCAUCAGUCCCAGAGGACGCCGAGCAGGGGACCAACGUUACCGUGGUCUCUGCCACAGACAAAGACAGCGGCUUCAACCAGGAGAUCAGGUACUCUCUCAGAGGGGGAGAGGGACGCUUCUCCGUCCAUCCUCUGUCUGGGGCGCUGAGCGUGGCGGCUCCUCUCGACAGAGAGACCAGAGCAGAGUACGAGCUGCUGCUGGUGGCUGAAGAUCAGGGUCGGCCCUCCAGGUCAGCCACAGCCUCCCUGCUGGUCCAGGUGAGCGACAUCAAUGAUAACGCCCCCGUGUUCUCCUCUGCUGAGUACAAGGUGGAGGUGUCAGAGGAAGAGUCGGUGGGUAGCAGCUUCCUGGCUGUGACGGCCUCAGACCCUGACGAAGGAGCCAACGGUACCGUCAGCUACAGUAUCGUCCAGCAGAGUCCUCCAUCGGAGCCAGCCAUCUUUGAGCUGGACUCUUCCAGCGGGAUUCUGAGUCUGGCCCAGCCUCUGGACUACAGCGAGGUGAAGGUGUACCAGCUGACGGUUCAGGCGUCUGAUGGAGGGAGUCCGCCUCUGACCAGGAACAUCUCUGUGCUGGUGACAGUGAAGGAUGUGAACAACAACCGUCCCAAGUUCAGUAAGGACAGCUACAACGUGUCCGUCUAUGAGAACCUCGCCAGCGGAGCGUCCAUCCUGACCCUGGAGGUCACAGACAGGGAUGAGGGUGGAUUCUCCAACGGUCACUUCCUGUAUGCCAACGACACCUUUGACAUUAACAGACAAGGAGUGGUCUCACUGAGGAGGGACGCCAUUCUGGACCGAGAGACCACCGACAGCUACAGGAUAGAGGUCAUGGCGGUGGAUCAGCCCGUUGGUGGUCUGACAUCCACGGCUCAGCUCAGCAUCACCGUCCUUGACUACAACGACAACGCCCCACAGUUCCUGACCAUCCCUGACCCUCUAAAGAUCCCUGAGGGGAACUACUCAGAGGAGGACCCAGCAGAGGUGUUCCCCUUCAUGGUCACAGAUGCAGACCUGGGCCCCAACGGAGACGUCACCCUCUCCCUCCCCUCCCCUCACCCGCUCUUCAGAUUCAGAGAGGACGGGAUGCUGCUGGCUGUGGGUCGUCUGGACCGAGAGAGUCAGGAGACGUACGAGCUGAUAGUGAAGGCUGCAGAUGGAGGAGUCCCACAGAGAGAGAACGUCACCACGGUCAGAGUGAGCCUCCUUGACGUUAAUGAUAACACACCUGAGUUCAGCUCCAGCAUCUACGUCAGCAGCAUCCUGCUGAAGGACGCCGAGGAGGGGAAGCUGCUGCUGACGCUGUCGGCCACCGACAGAGACGCCGGAGAUAACUCCCUCAUCACGUACAGUUUCUCUUCAGGAAGUUCACCAUAUUUGGCCUUAGACAGCGAGACGGGCGAUGUAACGUUAACCUCUGACCUUGCUGACGUCACAGAGGAUACCACAGUGAAGCUGACGGCGAAGGCUGAAGACCACGGAGAGCCUCCGCUCAGCUCCACAGCCAGUGUCAUGGUGAAUCUCCGGGUCGUCUCCCUGGUAGAGGGCGUGGCCUUCUGGAGCUCCUCCUACAACUUCAGCCUUCCUGAGAACGAGCCUGCGGGGUCGACUGUGGGGACGGUCUUGGCCUCCUCAGGAAGUGACCUUUAUGACGUUUCCUACACGGUAAAAACCCACACUGACCUGUUCUCCAUCAGUGACAGCGGAGCCAUCACGACUAAAGCAGCCCUGGACAGAGAGAAGCUGGAGUGGUACAUCCUGGAUGUGGAGGCUGUGGACACGCGGACCCCCCCUACGACAGCCAUCACAUUGGUCAGAGUCCAGGUGGAGGACGUGAACGAGGCUCCAGAGUUUGACUCUGAGGUUCAUGAAGCCUCGGUGUUCAGCAUCGCUCCGUAUAAAACCCCCGUGGUCACUGUUAAGGCUUCAGACCCCGACAUCGGCGAGGAUGCUCAGCUGGACUACAGCCUGUCUGAAGACAGUCCUCACUUUGACAUCGAUCCGUCUUCUGGUGUGGUCUUUGUGGUUUCAGUGACGUCUCUGGCCGGACAGUCCGUCAGUCUGCAGGUGAAGGCAUCAGACCCCCGAGGACUGGAAGCUACGACCCAUGUGGAGGUGGAGGUGCAGGGCAGUGCGAGCAGCACUGACGUGGUCAUGAUCUCUGUGAACCAGCCAGCCAACACCGUGGAGAAAAAGAUCCCACAGCUGGAGGAGUCUCUGAGUGACGUUCUGGACUGGACCGUGAACAUCAUCGAGGUCACCUCUGCUAAUGGAGGAUCUUCUGAGUCCAGGACUGUGAGGGUGGAAAUGAAGACUCUGAUCAGCUUCAUCAGUGAGGAUGAGGAUGGCGUGGUCUCCUCUAAGGAGGUCACAGAGAAACUUCAGAGCCAGUCAGACGCUGUGAAGGAGGAGCUUGUCAGCGUGUUUGGGGAGGAUCUUCACUUUGAUGUGGAGGCAGGGUCUCAAAGCUCCGCCUCUAACCAGGCUGCUGUCAUCGCCCUGGGCGUCCUGUUUGCCCUGAGCACGCUGGGAUUGAUCGUCACCAUUGGCUUAUUCGUCAGGUUCAAGAUGGUGCAGAAACAUGAGAAGUCGUCUGACAAAGAGAGCUUCGAGAUCAACUCCCCUACUGGUUACACGAACUGGGCUCACAUGACCCCUGACACCCCGGAGCAGGGAAACACGAGGAGAGAGGACAAAGAGGAGAGGAAAGCCAGUACGACCCUGGACGGACUGACGGAGAGAGGCGUCUUUUCUGCUCUCUGAUUGGCUGCUUUAAUCUGAAACAAUCAAAAUGACUUUAAUCGGGCCUUUGUCCCUUAACUCUAUUUAUACUAGUAUGUCAUGUAAAACCUGUGAAGACUUUUAAAGGUAACUAAAGACCUGGAGACCUGGACCCCGGUCCAACAGGACUGUAGAGACCUGGUCAGCUUCACUAGAGUCCUGUUUUUAGACUGAUGUUUGUAUUAUUCUAAUAUUCUGAGAUAAUGGAUUUUUGUGAGCUGUUUUCAUAAAGGUUUAAACAAAAAAGUCCAGAAAUGUUUCACUUUGUGUGAGAUGAAUCUAGAAAACUAUGGAGUACAACUAUUAAAUUAAAUUACAGGACAGAAAAUUCAGGUUUUUAUGAUGCUCUAAUUCUUAAAAAUGCUCAUGUUAAUGGCUGUGAUUAUUUCUAUUAAACUGUUGUUCUGCAUCAGUCAAAUGCAUUUGUAAAAAUAAGUGCCAGUGAACUGUAUUAAAUAACCAGCUACUAUUAUGUUCAUAGAAGAUCACAAUAUUCAUUUAAAUCUG